CGACUACGGUGUCAAAGUGUCGAGGAACGCCAUGUUCAACUAUCGGAUCAAGUUCAAGGGCCUCAAAUUCCCUUGUCCUGAUCCGACGGUGCCAGCGAAAGAUUUCAUCCUAAAGUUGACUGUCUGGCACGACUCCCUCCUUGGCGGCCAGCAUGCCAUCGCGGAGGGUCUUCUGCCUUUACAGCCCCUCUUCUUGGACUGCAUGCAGCGAAACCUUGGAAAGACGUCAGCAGAUGACAUGGAGAUAGUUUCUCUUCAGCCUGAAAGCAGCAGGCACAUGGGGGUUGAUGAGGAAGGAACAAAAUAUCCUUUCAGGUGGUUCAGACUCUGCCACCCUGGUGGACCAGGUUGCAAGACGAACAAGGACUUUAGAGCACCAGGAUACGACUUCAAACGCAACUACCAGUGCGAAAUUCAGCUCACCAUCCAGAUCAUGCCGCGAGCCAAGGCCCGAGCCAUCCCUGCGUCUCUCGGCUUCAAGGCAGGGCCAGCCAAACUCCAGGACCCCAAUCGACCGCCACAGCCCACCAAUCCUAUCCUGGACCCCGAGGGUUGCAAGGCGUACAUCAUCUAUGUUUGCAAGGAGGCGAUCAAUCGAGAAACCAUGCUGCUGCUGCAUCUGUUGUUGUAUUCUACUUAUCCUCUUCAUCGUCGUCUACGUAUAUGUGAUGCAGUUAGGACUUGUACCCAGCUUCUCCAAGUUGUUUGGUAUCUCUUUUUAGUACAAGAAUACAAGAGCAAUGCACAGAC